AAUGAAGUCCUCAAGAACAAAGUCAACACAGCUAACUUAUCCUGAAUUUUAAGCGGAAGCGGAAAAUAAAACAAAAUAGCUGCAGCCUCCUACGGUCCUACCGACGUUGCUGCAAUGUGGUUCAUCUUAAUUUUCAACAUGUGAAAAUAAUUGGAAUCUAUCAGCCCGUGUUAAGGCCAAUAAGUCUAGUUAGUCAAUCCUGGUUGCUAAGUAAAAAAGUUGGGAUGAAGAUGGGAUGUUUUACCGUUUUGAAGAGUAAAGAGAAGAAAAUGUCAGAUAAGAAUAAGAUCAGCCAUGCUACACGUGUUAAUCCUCGGGGUCAUUCACCUACUGUCUUGCCCGAGCCCCUAACACAAACACGGGCAUUACAUUCUGCUCCACCAAGCUUUAAAAUUAGAGCCCGUCCUGCCGCUUCAAGCCUGGACGAAGCAGGACAAGACACAACUCUUACGUCAUAUGAAUGUGACGAAUAUGAGGAAUCAAGGGGCCGUAUUGGGUCAAUGAUAGAAUCUAUCUCAUCUAGUAGCCCUCAACCCCUUCCUCUCCCCUCACCUCACCCUACUGCCUCCCUGAAGACUAUGGGAAGCUUCAAAACUGUGAAUGCCACUGGCGGCCGUUUCAAUGCCUCCUCAGGACCGCUUCCGCUGCCUCCAGUGACAGUGUCUUCUACAGGAAGUGUGCGGAACUUUUCUUAUGAAGAGAUUGCAGCCGCCUGCCACAACUUUACCUCUGAGCUAUGUGUGUCAGAAGGGCUUUCUUCUGUUAUCUAUAGUGCUUCGUUUGGGGAUGAUGCGAAGAAGCUUGACGCCACUAUAACUCGUCUCAGCCCAUCUUCUCAGGGAUUGAAGGAAUUUGUGAAUGAAGUUAACACUCUAGCCUCAUUGCAAUGCCCUUCUCUUUGUAAACUGCUUGGUUUUCAUGCGCGCGAAGAUUCGGGGCACAGGAUGUUAGUUUAUGAAAGGCUUUUUCAUGGAAGCUUAGAUGGGCUCCUAUUUGGCAGAUCUGGUGGCCCUCCCUUAGAUUGGAAUGCUAGAAUGAAAAUUGCCUUGUGUGCUGCACAAGGUCUCACUUUUCUGCAUGAGGAAGGACCUUUUCAGGCAAUGUUUCAUGAAUUUUCAACUGCAAAUAUACAAAUUGACAAGGACUUUAGUGCAAAACUUUCAGGAUAUGGUUGUGUUACCCACAUUCAAGAGACCAGCAUCUGUUGUAGUUCAGUUGUACUCGCGAAUCUUUCGGCAGAGGCACUGGAGAGGGGUUAUCCAACUCCAAAGAGCAAUGUUUGGAGUUUUGGGAUUAUACUUCUUGAGUUGCUGACUGGGAGGAAGAAUUUGGACUGUGGCCAUCCAAAGGAAGAAAUGAAUUUAGUGAAGUGGACCCGGCCUUUUCUAGCCGAUGAUUGCAGAUUAUCACUUAUAAUGGACUCACAGCUGAAAGGUCGGUUCCCGGCCAAAGCUGCUCGGACUAUCGCCGAUAUUGCUCAAAGAUGCCUGCAUAAGGACCCUUCUGAAAGGCCCACCAUGAGAACUAUAGUGGAACAGCUCAAAGCGGCUCAAGACAUGAAGUAUCCUUCCCGGUUUCCACUUGAGGAGCCAGGAAGAGUGAGCAUGAAGCACAUGUCGAAAUCACAUAGUCUAAAUGGGAUUGUCAUCCCACCCCCAAGGCUUAGUCUUUCGCCUUCACCACCGGCGACUAGCAAACCACCUCUUUCUCCGACUAGACAUACAGGAAUGCCCUUAUCUGGUCGGUCACGAACAUGCUCUUACACCUCUUUGGAGGACUUGAAUAGGUUCGAGACUCGGAGAUCUUCGACUUCACCCGUCCAAAGAUCUAGUGUUGAAGGAUUUUGAAUGUUCAUAGAAUCACAGACAUCAUCUCUUUUCCUUUCUUUUUUCUUCAUGAUUUUCCUUCCUUUCUUGGGAAGUGAUUCGCUAAAUGCAAUAUAGUAGAAGAUAAAGAAAAGGCUUUAACUUUCACCUCGCCGUUCUUCAAGUAUGAAACUAUGAGGAAUGGCACUAUGUAGAUAUGUAUUCGCUUGGAUUAAUUAGUUUUCCUCUUAUAAAGGAAGGGGUGCAGUUUCUGUUCUUGAUUGGCGCAGAGUCCCUGUAUAUGUAUUUGUAUGAUAGUAAUAUUGUGGUUAUAUUUUUUUUCUUGGAAGAAUAUUUAAGGCUUGUUACACGUUUCAAUUUUAGCAGUUUCCUCGCCCA